AGUUGAUUGAUAAAAAUAAAACAUGGGUGGAUGAUAAAAAUGCCACAGACCCUAGUUAUUUUGAAAACCUUGCAAAAGGUCAAAAACCAAAAUUUAUUUGGAUAGGUUGCUCUGACAGCAGAUUUUCUCCGGAAUUAAUAACAAAAUCAGACCUUGGAGAAAUUUUCGUUCUUAGAAAUAUUGCUAAUCAAUUUAAUACUACCGACUUGAAUGCAUUGUCAGUAUUAAAAUAUGCAAUAGAGUACCUAGAAGUCAGACAAAUAAUUGUUUGUGGUCAUUACAAAUGCGGUGGUAUUAAUGCGUCGAUUAAUAACUGUGGUCAUGGUGUCAUUGAUCAUUGGCUACAAAGUAUCAAUGAAAUUUACUUAUCUAACAAGCUUCAACUAGAUGAUAAAUCAGAAAAAGAACGCGAGAACCUUUUAUCUGAACUUAACAUCAAAAAACAAGUUCAAAAUAUUUCUACAACAAGCAUUGUUCAAGAUGCAUGGAAUAAAGAUUUUGCAGAUACCGGGAACGGA